UAAAGACCUGGGAGCUUUUGUUAGGUCUUUGGCAAAAGUCCGGUCGGCCAACCCCAAGUAAAGGAGGGUUUUCAUUGGCAUCCACAUGGCAAAUGAAGGAUGCGGGCUGGAAAAUUACAGCUGUGUUGGGUAAGUAUCAAGUUAUUUUCAGAGCAGAGGGUGGUUGGGUAGUUCUGAGCCUGAGUCACACAGAGGAAAACUCGUGGAAAAUAGACAGGAUCGCAAUUGGGCUAUACCUCGGAGCAGCCAGAGCUUGAGCAGUUACUCAUUGUGGGGAGAAGAGGGAAAAGGUCUCUGAUUUGCUUGAAUGCUUGGCUCGGUUUCUGUUUGAAUAAGGUGAGGCCUAGGUUAACAAAGCUCUCUCUUCACUUUUGUUCACUCUCUGUCUCUUUUUCUCCUUUCACUUCUUCAUAUCCACGCAUUUGAAAAUAAGUUUUGUACAUUUUUGACCAGGUAAAUCCUGUCCUACUGGAGAAAAUGUGUAAAUUACACAAACCUUAAUUAAAUUUAUUUAUUGUUAUUGAAACAGGGUCUUUGUAAGCCAUGGUGGCCUCACACUUCAGGCAAUCCUCCUGCCUCACUUUCUCAAGUGCUGGAAUUACAGGAAUGACCCACCAAGCCUGACGUUGAAAUUUUGGGAUUUUUGUUGUUGUUUUGUUUGUAUGUUUGUUUGUUUUCAAACAAACAGACAGACAGGGUUUCUCUGUGCAGCCCUGGCUGUCCUAGAACUCACUCGUAGACCAGGCUGGCCUCGAACUCAAGAGAACCACCUGUCUCUGCUUCCUGAGUACAGGGAUCAAAGGCAUGUUCUAUCACCACCCAGCUCUGACUUCAAUUUUUUUAAUAACUUAUUUAUUCUUAUUUAAUGUACAUUGGUGUUUUGCCUACGUGUGUGUCUAUGUGGGGGUGUCAGAUCUUGGACAGUUGUAAGCUGCCAUGGGGUUACUGGGAAUUGAACCUGGGUCCUCUGGAAGAGCAGUCAGUGCUCUUAACCACUGAGCCAUCUCUCGAGCCCCUCAAUUUAUUUUUUUUUAAUUAAAAAAAAAUGUUUUUCAAAAAUAACAGCGAUCUAAAUUCUUUACCCGGAAGUUAAUAGCUGACAUUCUCUUAGAACACAGUUUUGAAUUUUUGGUUUGUUUGUUUUGUUUUGUUUGGGGGGGUUGUUUGUUUGAGGGUUUUUUGAUCUUUUUUUGUACUCCUUGCAACUUUUUUUUCUUGUGGUAAAUACCGCUUCUUUGAAAGUUAUGUAUAAAUCUUCGUUGUUGGUUUAUUUCCUUAAGAUGUAUCUAGAAAGGAAUUGCUAGUUCAGAAGACUUGUGGCCAUGGUUAAGGAUCCUAAUUUCAUCUUGUCAAACCGCACCCCGGAAAGGCUGCGCUGAUACACUGUCCCCAGCAGGGACUUGGACCCCACCACAGAGUCACAGGUCUCCCACAAAGCCCCAGCUUCUGCAUGUGCUUGGGCUCUGCCCUGUUAUUUGUAAGAGGCGAAAUCUGCUUUAUUUGUUGAAGCGUGUCCAGUGUCUAUCUGGACCUUUUAUCAAGCCUGCACUUCUGGGUAGAGGCUUGUACCCGGAGGGGAUGGCAGCUGCAGCUCCUGCUCCAAAAGCCACCUGGCCUCUCGGUCCCUCCCCACUUCUCUGUUGCCCAGAAGGCAGCCGGUCCCCCUGGCAUCAAGGUGUCUGUUUGGAUAGUUGCAAAGAUGCCACCCGCAGAGGAGGGGGCAAGAUAAAGAUUCAAUUUCCUGCACAAGGGCCUUUUGUCCUCCCAGAAGCUUCUCCCCUCAGGGGACAGAUUUUUCGGUCCAUUAGUGGGCCCAGCGGUGGCUCUGCCAGCAGGCUUGAUCAUCCACACACCCGGGGAGGCAGGGAGUGGGUGGGUGGGGGGCGGUCAGUGUAGUCCCUGGAGCCCACCUGUGUCCUCCCUCUUCCUGGCCUGGCCACCCCACCCCCGACCUCAGGCGUGGCCCCACGGUCCUGUCUGGAGUGGAUUGCGGAGCUCGGGGCCAACUGGCUGCUUCCUUGCUGUGCUCCCGCCCUGGCGGCCCAGGGCGAAGAACCACUGAGCGGCUCAUUGUAUGCCCCGCGGGCGGGCAGCGCGGAGCAGCGCAACCAGCAGCACAGGGCUGGGUGUGUGAUCCAGGAAGAUCUCCAGAGUCAGCAGGGAAGACGGCUUUUAAGCGUUUUCUACCGACUCCCAAGCCCCGACGAGAGGAAAGCACCGAGAAGGGACCAUUCACAAUUUAGACCUCAGCUUUUCUCAGUGGUGAUAUUUCUAAGGACGCAGGUGAGGGAGGAGAAAAAUGCUACAUAAGCAGGGAGUCUCUCCCUUUCAAAGAAAGGAAGCCUGGGAUCAUUUGCAGAAGCAAAAGGCUGAGGAACCUCCAGGUACUUCCCAUGGAUUUGUGAUCAACACAAGCAACUCUCCCAGCUCUGGACAGCAGCCCUAACCAGAGGCAUGCGGCUGCCCCGCUUCUCCAGCGCUUUAGUGUUUUCACUCUUGAUAGCACAGACCUGCAUCCUGGUCUUCCUGGUCUCGCGGCAAACGCCACGGUCCCCAGCGGGCAGUAGGGAGCAUGUGCACGUGCUGGUGCUGUCCUCGUGGCGCUCGGGCUCCUCUUUUGUGGGCCAGCUCUUCAGCCAGCACCCAGAUGUCUUCUACCUGAUGGAGCCGGCUUGGCACGUGUGGGAUGCCCUGUCGCAGGGCAGUGCCCCCGCGCUCCACAUGGCCGUGCGCGAUCUGGUCCGUUCAGUGUUCCUAUGCGACAUGGACGUGUUUGAUGCCUACCUGCCCUGGCGCCGCAACAUCUCAGAUCUCUUCCAGUGGGCCGUGAGCCGCGCGUUGUGCUCGCCUCCGGUCUGCAACGCCUUUGCUCGCGGCCACAUCAGCAGCGAGGAGGUGUGCAAGUCUCUGUGCGCAACGCGGCCCUUCGGCCUGGCCCAGGAAGCCUGCAGCUCUUACAGCCACAUAGUGCUCAAGGAGGUGCGCUUCUUUAACCUGCAGGUUCUCUACCCGCUGCUCAGUGACCCCGCGCUCAACCUACGCAUCGUGCACCUGGUGCGCGACCCGCGGGCGGUGCUGCGCUCCCGAGAGCAGACUGCCAAGGCGCUGGCGCGGGACAGCGGCAUCGUCUUGGGUACUAACGGCACGUGGGUAGAGGCGGACCCCGGGCUGCGCGUGGUCAGUGAGGUGUGCCGCAGUCACGUGCGCAUCGCAGAGGCCGCCUUGCACAAGCCACCGCCCUUCCUGCAAGAUCGCUACCGCCUGGUGCGCUACGAGGAUCUGGCCCGCGACCCGCUCACCGAGAUCCGUGAGCUGUACGCCUUUACCGGCCUGGACCUCACGCCGCAGCUCCAGACUUGGAUCCACAACAUCACACACGGCUCAGGGCCAGGCGCACGCCGUGAGGCCUUCAAGACCUCAUCCAGGGAUGCGCUCGUUGUGUCCCAAGCCUGGCGUCACGCGCUGCCCUUUGCCAAGAUUCGGCGGGUCCAGGAACUGUGUGCGGGAGCACUGCAGCUGCUGGGUUACCGACCUGUGUACUCGGAGCUUGAGCAGCGGGACCUCUCUCUGGACCUCCUGCUGCCGAGAGGCAUGGACAGUUUCAAGUGGGCUUCUUCCACUGAUGCGCAGUCAGAAUCUUAAGAGUUUUAGUGGAUGGGGCUGGAGAGAUGGCUCAGAGGUUAAGAGCAUUGACUGUUCUUCCAGAGGUCCUGAGUUCAAUUCCCAGCUCCACAUGGUGGCUCACAACCAACUAUAAAGAAAUUUGGUGCCCUCUUCUGGCCUGGAAGCAGACAGAACACCGUAUACGUAAUAAAUAAAAUAAAUCUUAAAAAAAAAAAAAAAAUUAGUGGAGAGUCCCAGCUCUGACGUUAGGGCCUAGCAGAGUAUGAUAAAGAAAGGGUUUGGAAACCCAGAAGGAAGUCCACUACCAGAAGCUGGGAGGGUGGGUGGUCUUGCCCUGUACUAGGAAAGGAUUGAGUCCGAUUUCCAUAUUUUUUUUUUCUCCCCAGAUUAUGGUUUUCCUUUGAGUCCUCUAGGAUCUGGGUUCCCAUCAAGCACUCUCUUAUGGAGAAUGAAACCCCUGCCCACUUCCUCUGGUCACAGGGGCAGCCAGACUCAGACUUUCCCUUUUUCCUUUCUCUUCUCUUUGGUAACACCAUGCAAUAGCAGAGAAUGGUGUCCCAGGCCCGGUCGGGAGUGGAAGGGUACUGCUGUAGGCCGGCUCCUAAAAUGUGUGCACCUGCUGUUGGACCCCAAAGUUUAGGGUCUCAAGUGGGCGCCCCAAGAACCCAGACUCCAGUCCAGUUGAUGCAACAGCACGAGGAUUUUAUUGAAGCUUCUGUACAGAAGGGCAAACUCUGCUCCUAAGAGCAAGAGCCGCAUCUUACUGCAGCCCCAUGGGGGCUUUUAAAGGAAAAACCCACAAAAGCCCUAAGAUUGCAAUUCCCAUACAAUUUCGUUUCACAAGAUCAUGGUCUGAUCACAGAGUGGGUACAGUCACGUCCGCAUGUACAUUCUUCCUGAAACCUCAAGGAGGGUACCAGGGCGGGAGUGGAGUUUACACAAGGGUCACAGUGGUCCUUCCUGGAACACUUGCAACUAUCCCAGUCACAGUUGAGCACAUUUCUUAACAGAAAUCUUUUUACAUUGUUACAUUGUUACAGGGGUGAUUGAGUAGUGACUGAGUCAGGUGGCCCUUGGAACUAGUUUUCUUUUUAGUUCCUUAUUUCCUGGGGCUUGGGGGUGUAAGGCUGAAGGCUUAGGGUCUUUCACCUGCCUCACAUUUGCUCACUCUGACCUCUGUUCACCCCUGUGUCCUCUUCUCAUGGUCCAUCAAAGGCUUGGAUGGUGGUGUGCAUGGUCGAGAAGGAAUCAGAGAGGAUGCCUCUUGUGGUUUCCUCUUAGACUCUUUGCCUGACCUUCUUGGGAGGAGCCCAGGCACACACCCCAUGCCUGAGGAUGAUGAAUUUUUAAUGAGACUUUGAUUUGUCCUGAAGUGAAAAAUCCUAAUUAUGGAAAUAAACAUCAUAAAUAAGUUGCAUGA